AUGUCCAUCACAACACAAGCUCUUGUCUCGAGACAAGUCAACUCAUCGGUGGAGUUGGAGAACAUUGUUCUUGACUCGUUACGCCCAGAUGAAGUUUUGGUCGAGAUACAUGCCACAGGAGUCUGCCACACCGAUUUCGCAUGCAUGAAUGGAACUCUGCCCGCAGUGUUUCCCAGCGUGUUUGGACACGAAGGCGGCGGCGUGAUUUUGGAUGUGGGAAGAAACAUCAAGCACCUGCAGAAACAAGACAGAGUCCUACUCAGCUUCGACUCCUGCGGCUCGUGUGUACAAUGCGAUUCCAAACACCCGGCCUACUGCCAAGAAUGGGCUCAACGCAACUUUGGACAGAAAAGAAUGGAUGGAAGUCUUUCACUGGCUACCCCCGAUGGAACCAAGAUACAUGGAAACUUCUUUGGCCAGAGCUCAUUUGCCCGCCAUACCAUUGUCAGUGGUAAUUCUGUUGUCAAGGUUCCAUCCGACACGCCUCUUGGUGUCUUUUCUCCACUUGGCUGCGGUGUCCAGACAGGUGCAGGAGCUAUAUUGAACACUCUAGAUGUGCAAGCUGGCAAGACCGUUGCCAUCUUUGGUGUUGGCUCAGUGGGCAUGAGCGCAGUCAUGGCGGCGAAAAUGAGGGGGGCCAGCGUGAUUAUCGCAGUCGACCUACAAACUCAAAGAUUGGAGUUGGCCAAAGAGCUGGGAGCUACCCAUACAGUUAUUGGCUCAGAUGAAGAUGUUGUCGCACAGAUCCAGAAGAUCUCUGGAUCGAAUGGCGUUGACUACUCUGUUGACUGUGCUGGUAUCCCCAGUGUUGUCGAGAAGGCUUUGGAUUGUCUUGGAACUCGAGGAAAGGCUGCAACUGUAGGCGCUCCGGCACCUGGAAAGCGCGCAGGAGUUGAUGUCUUUGCUCAUUUGGUCAUGGGGCGCCAAUACAUUGGAUGUUGUGAAGGCGACAGCGAUCCCCAAACAAUGCUGCCUUAUCUGAUCGAGCAGCAUAGCAAGGGUGAAUUUCCCCUUGACAAGAUCGUGUCAUUCUACAAAGUGGAAGAUUAUGAGACUGCUUUCAAGGAUAUCAAAGUUGGCAAAGCUCUCAAGGCUGUCCUGCUCUGGAACUAG